AUGGAAUUAUUAAAACAAGUGUCGAAUACUCAGUUUCUAUUUCCUGCGGCAGCUGUAGCGGUUGUUUUAGUAUGCGCUGCUCUCGUAUUUAUAUUCGGUUUCCACACGGCAGAACAGCCGCAAUUCGACAAAUUACCGCUGGUUAUCGAUGACAGGAAAUCUUCAAGCAAGAAGAGGAAAAUCAAGGAGAAGAAAUCUUCUCCAAAUCGCACUUCUAAUGAUGAUUCCAAGGCAAAAUCUGAAAGUUCCAAGAAAUCUCCAGCAAAAGAGAAGAAAGAGGAAAAAGUGAAAGAAGCUGAAAAACCCAAGCCAAAAGAGAGAGUUGAAUCUAAAUUUGUAAAGAAAGAAGCUCCUAUUGAAGCUAAAAAGGGAAAGAAGAAGGCUGCUGUAGAAGUAGAAAAACCUGCAGAUUUUGAUGAAGGUGUAUGGGAAGAAGUUCCCAAAAAAAGUGACAAGAAGAAGUCUCCAAAACCCGAAGAGAAAGAAAAGAAAGAAAGCCCUGCUAAAAAGAACAAGAAGAAGGUGAAAGAGGCAGAUGUUGAAGCUGCUCGGCCAGCUGAGGGGAGUGACAAAAUUAAGGUAUUGAGUGCUGAGGGGCCUGGUGUGAGUGCAGAUGCAGCCAAAGCUUUGCAAGCACAGGUGGAAGAACUACAAAGAGUUUUGAAAGAGGCAGAGCGACGUGAUCAGGGCUUAUCUGAAGAUGUAAAUGAGAGUGAAUUUGCUGAAGUUAAGGAUCUCCGCAGCAAUAAAAAAAAGGAAAAUAAAGAAAAACAAAGCAAGAAAAAGGCUGCUGAAGCCCCACCAGUAGCGAAGAACAUUGUGGAAGAGAGUGACAAUGUGGAAUCUGAGAAAAAAGAAGAUAAACCAACUGCUCCUGUGUUUGAUGAGCUUGGAGAUACUUGGACAGAUGCUAAAGUAUCUAAAAAAAGCAAAAAGAAGGCCCGCAAGGACCAG